UUGAAGAAAUGAAUUCAUGUUAAACCGGUGAAAUCAUUGGAAUUCAUGGUAAAUGAAUUAUCUCAUUGAAUAGAUCAAUAAUCUGACGCAGAUUCAGCGAAGCCAAGAUUCAGUGAAUUGUUUUCAUCAUUCGACUUGAAAUUUUAUCUUCUAUUUGCCUUUUUAUUUAUCUAUUUUAAUAAUCAAUCUUUUUUUUCUAAUUGUUGUCAUUUAUAUUAUAGAAAUUAAAAUCAUGAUUAUUUUUUGAUCAGACUAAUCAACGAUAAUCAAAUUAAUAACCACAACUAUGGAUUGGAGUAAAAUCCUCUGGAGUAAAAGCUUAGUCAUUUUACUUUUCAUUAUCUCAGGUUUAGAUUGUGCUGGAAAUAAGACAAAAUCAAGUAAAUCCAAACAAAAGGUAACAACAAUUAGUAGUGAUCAAGAGGAAUCGAAACAACAAUCAAAAUAUCAGGAAAUUGCUCCAAGUUUCACUUUCGCUGCUUGGGACGAUUAUGGUAAAAUUUGUAUCUUAGCAAAAUUUGAAGCCACUUUUACCGUUACAUAUGAAGCUACUUCAGGUCGACAGCAAUUAAUUGCUAAAUUACCUCGAGAUACUGAAACAAGAGGAAGAUGUGCCAGUCUACUUGAUGACAAUCCAAUAUUGGACAUUAAUUGGAGAGGUGGAUUCACCUUCCGAAUGGUUUUCAGUAGGCAUGAAGCAACUAAUUCUUGGGGAGUCAAAGGAAUGGACUUUGUUUAUAACACAAAAGAUUCAGCAUUCACCGAAUCAGUUGAUGGAAGAGAAAUGAUCGCUCGAAGUGAUCAAGAUUCAUUGAAACAAUUCGAGACCCUAAUGAGUAAAUCGUAUUAUUGUCCAAGUCCAUCGAUAAUCAAUAUGUACACUAGAGAUGGUGAAAGAACCGUUAUUCUGAGGAUGUCAACUGUUCAACUUCAAGCCUAUCAAAUUAACAAUGGAAAAUUUUCUCCAAUGUCUCGUUGUGGGUUAGUUGGUUUCGGAUCAGGGGUAAUCGCCCCUUUCUACCUGAUGGGCUAUCAUGAGGAUGAUAGCGCUUCCAUGAUCGUUGGUGUUAUAACGAUAUUUGUUUCCGUUGCUACUGUCGCUGGUUAUGCCGUUUACCGAGCUUGGUUCAUUAAGAAAGUAGAUUAUGAUACAAUGAUUUAAACGAUUGCAAUUUAAUUCCAUCAAUAGGAAUUAUCAUUUUGGAAACUCAACCAUCUCAUCGAUUUCCUUUUCCGUUUUCCGUUUUCUGUUGCUUCCUAUUCACCAAAACUUUAAUCAUUUCCCUCGAAAUCUAAUCACAAAUCGAGAAUGAAACAAUUUAAAUGGUCUUUCAACACAUUAUACAUAUUGACAAUAUUUCGUCCAAAGACAAUUAACUAAUUGCUUUCACUUGACGUUCUCCUAAUAAUUUUGUCUUAAUCACUUCAAUUGAUUACCUAAUGUCUUUCAAGAAAUAUCAUCAUCAUCAUCAUCAUUAUCAUCUUACCAUGGAAAAGUCUUUCAUUCUGAUUAUUUGGACUACAAUUAGUCACAAUUAACUGUUAACCAGAACAAUUUAUCAAAAAAAAAGCAACCAGAUUAAGUCUUUCAAAGUUAAAUUAGAUGAAAACUAAUUAAACUAAUUAAAAACCUAAGCAAUCAAAUCAAAGGCAAUGAUGUCUUCCAAUUUUUUCAUACAUCAAGACAAUUAAUCAUCUUAAUCAUUACAAUAUGAAUCAAAUUAAUAGUUGUAAUCAACAUGAGAGACAAAUCAUUAAUCUUUUCAUUGGAAACAAUUUGUUAACUAAUGUUUUUUGUUCAAGUGUUAGUGUGAACUGUUAAUUUGAUUUGAUAACAAUUAAAAUUUUAAUUCAAUUUGAAUGAUAAAAAAAUAUAAUUUAAAUUGAUUUUAAAGUUCAACUUUACAAUCAAUGUAAUCGUUUUCAAUCAAAUCAGAUUAAAGUAAAGUUAAUUGAUGAAAACCAAUCAA